AUGGAUCGCAACACAUUUGGGAAGUUGUGUCGCAUCCUCACUGAGCAGGGAGGUUUAUUAACAGGGAAAUGCUUAGGUAUUGAAGAACAUGUGGCGAUUUUUGUUGGUGUCUUAGCGCAUCACAAUAAAAACCGCGUUGUUCGUUUCAGUUUUUUUAGGUCUGGUUCGACAGUGUCCCAUUACAUGAACAAGGUUUUAGGGGCUGUUUUGAGUCUCCACAGAGUGUUAUUGUCGAAGCCUACACCCGUGCCUGAUGAUUGCAUUUAUCACAGAUGGAAAUGGUUCAAGGGCUGUCUCGGUGCACUCGACAGUACACACAUCAAUGUACUGGUUAGCAACAGUGACAAACCGCUUCGUUUAUUUCCUACCUGGUUGGGAGGGUUCGCCGGCGACUCUCGCGUACUCAGGGAUGCUGUGGCGCGACUCAACGGCCUAAGAGUUCCACAGGGCUGUUACUAUUUAUGUGACAAUGGCUACGCCAAUAGUAACGGUUUUUUGACGUCGUACAAAGGGGUUCGAUACCACCUUAAGGAAUGGGGCAUAGGGAAUGCACAGCCACAAAAUCCGAAGGAAUUGUUCAACAUGAGGCACAACAAGGCUAGGAAUGUAAUUGAGAGAGCCUUUGCUGUUUUGAAGAUGUGUUGGGGGAUAUUACGUAAUUGUCUUGGGCGACGGCAUACUCGAAUGCAGAUGUGGCAGGGGGGAGAUGGAGUUGCGUCGUGCAGGGAAAACGGCAGUCAAUGCAGGAAGAUACUACUUCAAAUGUCCUGACAAACUGAACCAUGUUGGAUCAUUUCAGUGGUACGACGAGUCUAUCCGGGGGCUAGGAGGGAAAAGUGGCUUAGAAGGCCAGGGAAGAACACUUCUGGCUGAGGAACAUAGUUCUAAUGCCAACUGCAGUGCGGUCGAAUAUAAAGGCUGUGGCCAUUGCUGCCGCGCUUCAAACCCGCACGAUUUGAAGACCCUAAUGCAGCUUAGGUUCAUGGCCGUCGUGUUGGUAGUAGUAGGAAUAAUUAUAGGCAGGCUUCUGUAAACUGUCUCUUAGUCAGCACUGGGGUGCACUUUUUGUUAAUUAUGUCAGUGUAUAUGAUACUUUCUAGUGAUACUUUUGUAUUUUGACAGAUGACAUUUUGUUGUUGUAUGUAAUAUCAUCAGUAGAUGAUUCCGGUGGGUAUGAAAGGGUAUGUUUAUCUCAA